GUGGAAAAUGGCUAUCGAAAGUGUUGGUGAAUCCAUUGUAUCUAAGAUAGCAGAACUCUUGGUGGAACCAACAAUAAGGCAAUUUCGUUACAUGUUCUGUUUCAACAAUUUUGUUCAAGAAUUCAAUGAACAAAAGAAGAACCUGGCUUUGACACUAGAUCGUUUGCAAAAGGCUGUCGAAGUUGCUGAAAGAAAUGCUGAAGAAAUUGAGAAAGAUGUCAACAAAUGGUUGGAGGAUGCAAACAACGAAAUUAAAGGUGUGGAUCCAUUGGAAAAUGAAACAGGAAAAAAUGGCAAAUGCUUUACUUGGUGUCCAAAUUCGAUACGACAAUUCAAGUUAAGCAAGGCACUGGCAAAGAAGACGGAGACUUUGAGAAACCUUGAAGAAAAUAGCAAAAAGUUUCCAACAGUGUCCCACAAAGCACCUCUUCAAGACAUAGAAUUUCUUCCAUCAAAGGGAUUCACACCCUCAGAAUCGUCAAAAAAAGCUUUUGAACAAAUUAUGGAAGCUCUCAAAGAUGACAGUAUCGAUAUGAUCGGACUGUACGGCAUGGGAGGGGUGGGUAAAACCACCCUAGUGAAAGAAGUAGGCAGGAGAGCCAAAGAGUUGCAUCUUUUUCAUGAAGUUUUGAUAGCCACGGUGUCCCAGAAUCCAAAUGUCACAGACAUUCAGGAUCAAAUGGCAGAUAGUUUAGGUCUGCGUUUUGACGAGAAAAGUAAAAAAGGGAGAGCAGAUCGAUUAUGGCAGAGACUGCAGGGAAAGAAGAUGCUUAUAAUCCUAGAUGAUGUCUGGAAAGUUAUUAACAUGGAAGAGAUAGGGAUCCCAUUUGGUGAUGCUCACAAGGGUUGUAAAAUUCUUCUAACAACACGUCUUAAGGAUAUAUGUUCUUAUAUGGAGUGCCAGCCAAUAGUGUUGUUAAGUCUCUUAUCUGAAAAUGAAGCAUGGGCUUUAUUCAAAAUCAAUGCAGGUUUACAUGAUGAGGACUCUACCUUGAACACAGUGGCAAAGAAGGUUGCGAGAGAAUGUAAAGGAUUGCCUAUAGCACUUGUGACAGUGGGAAGGGCUCUAAGAGAUAAAUCUGCUGUUGAGUGGGAAGUAGCGUUUAAAGAGCUCAAAAACUCUCAAUAUUUGCACAUGGAACAAAUUGAUGAACAAAAAAAUGCAUAUGCAUGUCUCAAGUUGAGUUAUGAUUAUUUGAAGCACGAGAAAACCAAGUUAUGUUUCUUGCUAUGCUGUUUAUUUCCAGAAGAUUACAACAUUCCAAUUGAGUACUUGACGAGAUACGCAGUUGGCUAUGGGUUACAUCAAGAUGUGGAGUCCAUUGAAGAUGCAAGGGAACGAGUUUAUGUGGCAAUCAAAAACCUCAAAGCUUGUUGUAUGCUGUUAGGAACUAAAAGUGAAGAAUAUGUGAAAAUGCAUGACUUGGUUCGUGAUGUUGCAAUUCAGAUAGCAUCAUCAGAAAAAUACGGAUUCAUGGUAAAGGCUGGCAUUGGGUUGGAGGAGUGGCCAAUGAGCAAUAAAAGCUUUGAAGGUUGUACAGUAAUUUCCUUAAUGGGCAAUGAACUCACAGAACUUCCUGAAGGAUUGGUGUGUCCACAGCUCAAAGUUCUAUUGUUAGGACUGGAUGAUGGUUUGAAUGUUCCAGAGAGGUUUUUUGAAGGGAUGAAAGCAAUUGAAGUUUUGUCUCUUGAUGGAGGGUGUUUGUCAUUGCAAUCACUUGAAUUCUCAACGAACCUUCAAUCGUUGUUGUUGAUCAGGUGUAAAUGCAAGGGCCUCAUUUGGUUGAGAAAGCUGCAAAGACUUAAGAUUCUUGGUUUUAUAAGGUUCUCUUCCGUUGAAGAAUUACCUAGUGAAAUGGGGGAGCUCAAGGAGUUGAGGUUGUUGGAUGUGACAGGUUGUGAAUUGCUAAGAAGGAUUCCUGUGAAUUUGAUUGGAAGGUUGAAGAAGUUAGAAGAACUGUUGAUCGGGGAUGAGAGCUUCAAGGGAUGGGAUGUUGUUGGAUGUGACAGCACAGAAGGAAUGAAUGCGAGCCUAACAGAACUCGAUUCGCUGUCUCAUUUAGCUGUAUUAUCAUUGAUGAUACCGAAGGUUGAAUGCAUUCCCAGAGAUUUUGUUUUUCCCAGGCUGCUCAAAUAUGAUAUACUAUUAGGGGAUUGGUAUUCACUCGAUAAAGAAUACCCAACCUCGACAAGGUUAUAUUUGGGUGAUAUCAGCGCCACAUCCUUCAAAGCAAAGACAUUUGAGCAGUUGUUUCCUACUGUGUCUCAAAUUGGUUUUAGCAACAUUGAGGGUUUAAAAAAUAUAGUAUUGUCCUCUGAUCAGAUGACCAUCCAUGGCCAUGGGUCGCAAAAGGACUUCUUACAAAGAUUAGAACAUGUACAAGUGACUGCAUGUGGGGAUAUUCGCACUCUGUUUCAAGCAAAAUGGCGGCAAGCUUUGAAAAAUCUAGUGAGUGUGGAAAUUAAUGAAUGCGAAUCAUUGGAAGACGUAUUUGAAUUGGGUGAGGCUGAUGAAGGAAUUAACGAGGAGAAGGAGCUGCGGCUGCUAUCAUCUUUAACAAAGUUACACCUGCAAUGGUUACCUGAGCUCAAAUGUAUAUGGAAGGGGCCCACCAGACAUGUCAGCCUCCAAAGUCUUAUUCAUCUGGAGUUGUUGUCUCUUGACAAACUGACAUUUAUCUUCACACCGUCCCUCGCUCAAAGUCUUAUUCAUCUGGAAACACUACAGAUAGAACAAUGCGAUGAAUUGAAGAGUCUUAUCAAAGAACAGGAUGGCGAAAGGGAAAUAAUUCCAAACUCUCUUGGCUUCCCAAAAUUAAAAACUCUUUCUAUAAGUGGCUGUGAUAAACUGGAACAUGUCUUCCCUGUCUCCGUGUCUCCAAGUCUUCUGAACCUCGAACAGAUGAAGAUUACAUUAGCUGACAAUUUAAAGCAAAUAUUUUACAGUGGAGAAGGAGAUGCACUCACCAGAGAUGGCGUCAUCAACUUCCCUCAGCUAAGAAAAUUGAUUCUUUCAAAUUGCAGUUUUUUUGGUCCAAAGAAUUCUGCUGCCCAGUUGCCUUCUUUGCAAGUGUUAACCAUUCAUGGCCACGAAGAAUUGGGUAAUUUGUUGGCACAGCUCCAAGGGUUAACAAGUUUGGAAACAUUACAUGUGUACUCCCUGCCUGUGCCUGACAUGAGGUGUAUAUGGAAAGUCCUUGUGCUAAGCCAUUUGACUUCUUUGGUGGUGAGGAAUUGUAAAAGACUAACACAUGUAUGCACAAGCAUCAUGAUUACUAGUCUAGUUCAACUGGAAGUUCUAGAGAUAUCAACUUGUGAGGAAUUGGAGCAAAUAAUUGCUAAGGAUAAUGAUGAUAAAAAGAAUCAGAUAUUAUUAGGGAGUGAUCUUCAAUCUUCAUGCUUUUCUAAUUUGUGUCAACUUAAGAUCAGAGGAUGCAACAAGUUGAAGAGUCUCUUCCCAGUAGCCAUGGCUUCAAGUCUCAAAAAGCUCCAAAAACUUGAAGUACGAGAAUCCUCUCAAAUAUUGGGAGUAUUUGGACAGGAUGAUCAUGCUUCACCUAUCGAUGUUGAGAAGGAGAUAGUACUCCCUGAUCUGCAAGAGCUGUCUCUAGAACAAUUACCGAGUAUUGUCUGCUUUAGUCUUGGAUGUUAUGAUUUCUUAUUCCCUCAUUUGGAGACGUUGAAGGUGCAUCAAUGUCCAAAAUUGACCACAAAAUUUGGUACUACAUCAAAUGGUUCCAUGCGGGCUCAAUCAGAGGUAUCUCAAGUAGUCGAGGAUUCAAGCACUGGUUGCUCCGUGCCAACCACCACUUGUAGAAUGUGGACCCGAAAUAAUGGGUGGUGGGAAGAGGAAAAAGUGGAAGAGGAAGAGGAAGAGGAAAAGGUGGAAGAGGAAGAGGAAUGGGAGGAGGAAGAGGAAGAGGAAGAGGAAAAGGUGGAAGAGGAAGAGGAAUGGGAGGAGGGAGAGGGAGAGGAAGAGGAAGAGGAAAAGGUGGAAGAGGAAAAAGACGAGGAUGGAGGUGGUCAUGAUAAUUAAGUCAGAUGAUAAGUUUGGCAUUGGAAUUUGAAAAACAUGCUAACAAUUCAUUCUUGCAGGUUGGUUGGUUGGUGCUGCGAAUGUUUUUUAAUUUGUGGAAGUGAUUUCAACUGUUUCAUUGGCAAUGGCAUACAAUUUGGCUUUGGCUUUGUAUUGUAAUUUUAUAGAACUUCUAAAAGAAGGAUAUUGAUUUCUCUAUCUAUGUGUGUUGUUUACCCAUGCAUGUCAUGUUGCGUCUUUAGUCAUUAUUUGUGCGAACCUCAAGAAAUAAGGGCGUAUGUUUGCUUGCCCAUUUGUGUUUCUUUUCAAGUGUCUGAACCUUCAAAAACAAGGGCAUAAUAUUACUCA